AUGCCUGCGACAUCUGCGCGUCUCCUUCCCACUUUACGCAGCGACCCAGACGCAGCGUUCCAACCUGCGGAGCGCGAACAGAGAGCCGCCUUCAGCACCACGGGAGCUGUCCAGAUGGCCCGCACACACGUCCUGCUGCUCUUUGCUUUGAUUGCAGUGAUGCAGACGAAUGCCUUCCCAACGCCAGCACCAACAGAGGACCAAACCGUGUACAACAGGCAGCUGACAGAAGAGAAGCCUCUCAUAGAUCAGAUCGCCGAAUCAGACAGCGUGAAAGCUGCGGUCCUGUCAGCCGAGAGCAAAAAUCCAGCUGCAUCCAAGGACACAGCGCAGGACGGGGAUGACUUCAGCAUGCUCAAGUCUUUGGCAGAGGGCCAGAAAUCCAAGAUGGAGCCCAAAGAGGCGGCGGAGCAGACGAGCCAGAAGAGCGACCAGUUUGUGCCAGAUGAGUCCGAUUCGACCAAGAGCCGGCGCCUGGCAGAAGACUAUGACUCCACCAAGAUGAGUGACGCAAAGUUCCAAGCAGAUGUCCCGGAGACUUUUCGUCAGGUGGAUGGCACUCCGCUGACGGCUGAAGACAUCGUGCAGAAAAUCGCAAAUAAAAUCUACGAAGAGGACGACCGCGGAGUGUUUGACAGAAUCGUUUCGCGGCUUCUCAAACUGGGGCUGAUCACAGACACCGAGGCGGACGCUCUGGAGUACCAGGUGGCUGAGGCGCUGCAGGAGCUCAUCACCAAAAACGCUCUAAAGAACGAAGUGGAACAAAACCAGGACGAGGAAGUGAGAGGAGAGAGGGAGCAGCAGGAGGAGCAGCAGGGGGAGCAGCAGGAGGAGCAGGAGGCUGAUGCAAACACGUGGGACAGCUCUCCACAGCGGCGCUUCAAUGACGAUGAAGAUGAGGAGGAGGCAGAGGACACCGGGGACGAGCGCUGGGACAGAGACGCUCAGAACGAAGUCCACCCCAACGACGGCCUCCAGGACCUGCAGUACUUCCCCAACUUCUACCGCCUGCUCCGGAGCCUCGACUCAGAGAGAGACACCCAGGAGCGAGAGACUCUGAUCACCAUCAUGAAAACGCUGAUCGACUUUGUGAAGAUGAUGGUGAAGUACGGCACCAUCACACCAGAGGAGGGCGUGUCCUACUUAGAAAACCUGGAUGCUAUGAUCGCGCUGCAGACCAAGAACAAGCUGGGGAAACCUCUGGGACCAGUCGACUUCACAGGAAAGGGCUUUGAUGAAGACGACAACACGAAGGCAGAGGCGGCGAAGAUGCAGAAGGAGUAUGAGAACCUGAAAGACUCAACCAAAGAGGAGCAGCCUUCACCAGAGACCAGUCGCCCGGGCAAGUCUGAAACUUACUUGGAGGCCAUCAGAAAGAACAUCGAGUGGCUGAAAAAACACAGCAACGAAGAGGGGAAAGAAGAUUACGACCUGUCCAAGCUGAAAGACUUCAUGGACCAGCAGGUGGACUCUUACAUCGGGAAAGGCAUCAUUUCCAAGGACGAAGGAGGGACAAUCAAGCGAAUCUACAGCAGCCUGUGA